UCUCUCUCUCUCUCUCACACACACACACACACACUGUGUAUAUAUAUGUGUUCUCUUGCAAGUGUUUCUCUUUUCAGCAGAAAGCUUUCCGCAUGAUGAAUCUUUUUUGUGACUAGUACUGAAUCGUUCAAUGUGAUGAUAAAAGCUACUUUUGUAUGAAACUUUGAGCUUCAUUUAUCUGGUGAACAGAAACUAGUCUCUGUAAGAAGGUCCAAGAGAAACAAUGGCCAAUAAUCGGAGAAGGUCUAAUGAGCAACCGCCUACUCGGCUACUACAUACUCAAUCAAUUGGUGGUAGUUCGAGUAUUGAACCUAUGAUGGAUAGCGAGGUGGUGCCUUCAUCUCUUGUUCAAAUUGCACCUAUUCUUCGUGUUGCUAAUGAAGUUGAACCUACAAAUUCAAGAGUUGCCUACUUAUGUCGGUUCUAUGCCUUUGAGAAAGCACACAAUCUAGAUCCAAAAUCAAGUGGACGUGGUGUUCGCCAGUUCAAAACUGCUCUACUUCAACGUCUACAAAGGGAAGAAAAAACCACAUUAGAAGGACGACCACAGAGUGAUGCACGUGAAAUGCAAAGUUAUUAUCAACAUUACUUCAUGAAAUACAUUCAAGCCAUGAAGGCCGAAAAAGCUGACCGUACUCGCCUUACAAAAGCUUAUCAGACUGCUGCUGUGCUGUUUGAGGUUUUAAAGGCUGUUAACUUCACAGAGUCUGUUGAGGUGGCAGAUGAGAUUUUGGAAGCUCACACUAAGAUUGUUGAGAAGACUGAGAUGUAUGUUCCUUAUAAUAUACUUCCACUUGAUCCCGAUAGUUCGAAUCAAGCUAUAAUGAGAUAUCCAGAGAUUCAAGCUUCUGUUACUGCACUGCGUAGUACCAGGGGACUUCCAUGGCCGAAAGGCUACAAGAAGAAAGUAAAUGAAGACAUUCUUGAUUGGCUACAAGCUAUGUUUGGUUUUCAGAAAGAUAAUGUCUCAAAUCAGAGAGAGCAUUUAAUCUUGUUGCUUGCAAAUGUUCACAUUCGCCAGUUCCCAAAUCCUGACCAACAUACUAAGCUGGAUGAUUGUGCGCUUACCGAAGUUAUGAAGAAACUUUUUAAGAAUUACAAAAAGUGGUGCAAAUAUCUGGGUCGCAAAAGUAGUCUUUGGUUGCCAAAUGUUCAACAAGAAGUGCAACAAAGAAAAUUAUUGUACAUGGGUCUAUAUCUUCUCAUAUGGGGUGAAGCUGCAAACUUGAGAUUUAUGCCAGAAUGCCUUUGCUAUAUCUAUCAUCACAUGGCAUUUGAAGUAUAUGCUAUUCUGGCCGGUAGUGUUAGUCCUUUGAAUGGUGAGAAUAUUAAACCUGCAUAUGGUGGUGAAAAAGAGGCAUUUUUGAAGAAAGUAGUGACUCCUAUUUAUGAUACAAUAGCACAAGAAGCUAGAAAAUGCAAAAGGGGAAAGACAAAACAUUCUCAAUGGAGAAACUAUGAUGAUCUAAAUGAAUACUUCUGGUCAGUUGACUGUUUUCGUCUAGGAUGGCCAAUGCGUGACAAAUCUGAUUUCUUUUGUCGGCUUGAUGAUGAUGAGAAAAAACCCGAUACAAGUGAUCAUUGGAUGGGAAAAAUCAACUUUGUUGAGAUAGAUUCAUUUUGGCAUAUCUUUAGGAGCUUCGAUAGAAUGUGGAGUUUUUUCAUUUUGUCUUUACAGGCAAUGAUUAUUAUAGCAUGGAACGGAUCUGGUGAACUAAAUUCUAUCUUCGAUGGGGUUGUGUUCAAGAAAGUAUUAAGCAUUUUCAUAACUGCAGCAAUAUUGAAACUUGCACAUGCUGUCAUUGAUGUAUUUAUAAUGUGGAAUGCAAGAUUCUACAUGUCAUUUCAUGUGAAGCUUCGAUAUAUUUUGAAAGCUCUGACUGCAGGAGCUUGGGUGGUGAUUUUACCUAUAACAUAUUCAUAUAGUUGGAAAAAUCCAUCUGGAUUUGAAGAAACUAUUAAGAAUUGGUUUGGAAAUGGAGAAAGUUCACCUUCUAUGUUCAUCAUAGCAGUUGUUAUUUAUCUAUUUCCAAAUAUCCUUUCUGGAAUUUUAUUCCUUCUACCCUUUAUACGAAGGAAUCUAGAGAAAUCAGACUAUAAGAUUGUGAGGUUUGUGAUGUGGUGGUCUCAGCUUUCGCUUUAUGUUGGGAGGGGAAUGCAUGAAGAUCAUGUCUCCCUUAUCAAGUACACUAUAUUCUGGGUUCUCCUUAUAGCUUCAAAGUUAGCUUUCAGUUACUACUUAGAGAUAAAGCCUCUAGUGGGUCCAACAAAAGCAAUUAUGCGACUUCACAUUAGACGUUAUGAAUGGCAUGAAUUCUUCCCUCAAGCUAACAGCAAUAUUGGCGUUGUGAUUACGUUAUGGGCUCCUAUCAUUCUUGUCUAUUUUAUGGAUACUCAAAUAUGGUAUGCCAUCUUUUCCACAAUAUUUGGUGGAAUUUAUGGUGCAUUUCGACGUCUUGGAGAGAUUCGAACUUUAAGGAUGUUGAGAAGUCGGUUUCGGUCAAUGCCAGUUGCUUUCAAUGAAUGCUUAAUUCCAAAAGAAAAUAGCCAAAUGAUUGAGCAUAGGCUCACAGUUACUCCAUCCCAUAGAAUGACUAAGGAACCAACCAAUAAAGAGGAGACAAUAAGGUUUGCUCAUAUGUGGAAUAAAAUCAUUACAAGUUUCAGAGAAGAAGAUUUGAUAAGCAACAGGGAAAUGGACCUUUUACUUAUGCCAUGUUGGGCUGAUUUUGACUUGAAUCUUAUUCGGUGGCCACCAUUUUUACUUGCUAGCAAGCUUCCAAUAGCCUUGGACAUGGCAAAAGACAGCAAUGGAAAUGACCGAUUACUGCAAAAGAGGCUAAAUGCAGACAAUUAUAUGCUUUGUGCUGUUCAGGAAUGCUAUGUUUCAACCCAAAAUAUUUUAAAUUUUCUUGUUGAAGGGGAAAUUGACAAGGCUAUUAUGAAGGAGAUUUUUGAAAAAGUUGAUCAUCACAUUAAGGAGGGAGAUCUACUAAGUGUGUUGGAUAUGAGUUACCUGCCUAGCCUCACUAAUCAUUUCAUUCGGCUUAUUGAAUAUCUGAAAGAAAAUGAAGCAACUGACAAGGACGAGAUUGUCAUUGUGCUACUUAACAUGCUGGAGGUGGUAAACAUAGACAUCUUGGAUGAGCCAUUAUCUAGCAUGGUAGAGUCAAGCCAUAAGUAUUUCGCAGAUCUAAAUUUUCCGGUUACAAGAGAGACAAAAGCUUGGAAAGAGAAAAUCAGAAGGCUUCAUUUGUUGCUUACAGAAAAAGAAUCUGCAAUGGAUGUUCCAUCAAACUUAGAAGCCAGAAGGCGUAUCUCUUUCUUCUCAAAUUCAUUGUUUAUGGAUAUGCCUAAGGCACCCGAAGUUCGAAAUAUGAUAUCUUUCUCGGUUUUGACUCCUUAUUAUAAUGAGGAUGUUCUUUUCUCUAUGGAUGCCUUGGAAAAGCCUAAUGAAGAUGGAGUUUCCAUUCUUUUCUACUUGCAAAAAAUAUUUCCAGAUGAGUGGAACAACUUUCUAGAGAGGGUGGAAUAUAGCAAUGAAGAAGAAAUGAAAGGAGAUUUAGAUUCAGAAGAAUUGUUGCGCCUUUGGGCUUCAUAUAGAGGCCAAACACUUACUAAGACUGUACGAGGCAUGAUGUACUAUCGGCAAGCAUUGGAACUUCAAGCUUUCAUUGACAUGGCAAAUGAUGAUGAGUUAAUGAAAGGUUACAAUCCUGCUGAAUCUAACACGGAAGAAUAUUUAAGGAAUGAAAGAUCAACACUAGCACAAUGUCGAGCAGUUGCAGAUAUGAAAUUCACAUAUGUCAUCUCAUCUCAGCAAUAUGGAAUCCACAAAAGAUCAGGCGAUGCUCGUGCUCAUGACAUUUUAAGGCUUAUGACAACGUAUCCUUCUCUUAGAGUUGCCUAUAUUGAUGAGGUGGAAGAAACUAGCAUUGAUGAAUUAGAAAAUGUGGUUACCAAAGUUUCUUAUUAUUCAGUUCUUGUGAAAGCUGUACCAAAGUCUGCUGAUGCCUCUAACCAAUUUCAGAGCUUAGAUCAGGUUAUAUAUCGUAUAAAACUUCCAGGAGCAGCCAUACUUGGUGAGGGAAAACCAGAGAACCAAAAUCAUGCCAUCAUUUUCACACGUGGAGAAGGUCUACAGACAAUAGACAUGAACCAGGACAACUACAUGGAAGAAGCCUUUAAAAUGAGGAAUUUACUUCAAGAGUUUCUUAUCAAACAUGGAGUUAGAACUCCAACCAUACUUGGACUUAGAGAGCAUAUAUUCACUGGAAGUGUAUCUUCUCUUGCGUGGUUCAUGUCAAACCAGGAGACGAGUUUUGUUACAAUUGGACAACGGUUAUUGGCUAAUCCAUUGAAGGUUAGAUUUCACUAUGGGCAUCCUGAUGUGUUCGAAAGACUAUUUCACUUAACCAGAGGAGGUAUCAGCAAAGCUUCAAAAAUCAUCAAUCUGAGCGAAGACAUAUUUGCAGGUUUCAAUUCCACACUACGUGGAGGAAAUGUGACUCAUCAUGAAUACAUACAAGUUGGUAAAGGAAGAGAUGUGGGCCUCAACCAGAUCUCUUUAUUCGAGGCAAAAAUAGCACAAGGAAACGGUGAACAAACAAUGAGUCGUGAUAUAUACAGACUUGGACACCGUUUUGAUUUCUUUCGUAUGCUCUCAUGUUAUUUCACCACUAUCGGAUUCUACUUCAACACAUUGCUGACUGUGCUUAUUGUAUACGUAUUUCUCUAUGGUCGCCUCUACCUCGUACUAAGUGGGACUUGA